UGUUUUGAUUGGGAGGAAAGGAAAUGUGUGUUGUUUUGAUUGGGAGGAAAGGAAAUGUGUGUUGUUUUGAUUGGGAGGAAAGGAAGUGUGUGUUGUUUUGAUUGGGAGGAAAGGAAGUGUGUGUUGUUUUGAUUGGGAGGAAAGGAAGUGUGUGUUGUUUUGAUUGGGAGGAAAGGAAAUGUGUGUUGUUUUGAUUGGGAGGAAAGGAAGUGUGUGUUGUUUUGAUUGGGAGGAAAGGAAAUGUGUGUUGUUUUGCUCCGUGUCGAGAGAAGAUUUCACCAGUGGACAUUGACAUGAGGUAAGAGCCAUGUGACUAAACUGAUUUCUUCGUCUCUCUCUGACAGUCAUCACUUGGACGUCAUCGUCAACGUUGAGAGAGGAGAAGGAGCACACACGAGGACUGCAGCACUCCCACAUCUCCCAAUCCUAACCCUCGGGAGCUAAUCCAGAUUUGGGAAUGUCGCGCAUGGAUUGCUGAGUGGACAAAACCGCACAGCCAGAAUCUGUACACUCUUCUUCUCGGAAUUCUGAUCAUCUUCAUGGUUUGGUUUUUGGACGAUCCACCACGACCUCAAACCACCCCUGCGACUCGUUUUUUCUUCUUUUAGCCCCAGUUUAGAGACUAAUUUUGGGCUUCCGGGCGUCGGGGUAACCUGGUAGUUUGGCCCUCACACAGGUCCAGCCUUCUCCUGACAGGGCCUGGAUUUACUGCUGCAGUCCUGGGAGUCAGGUUUCAUGCAACCAUUCCAAUGGUGUAACGGAUGCCUGUGGUUUAGGUCUCCAGCACUUUGAGAAGUACUGUGGACAUAGCAAGAUGGAUACCACUUACCACCUGCCACUCAAUGUCUACGUGAUAGUGCUGGGCAUCGGCCUGUUCGUCUUCAUGCUCAGCCUCAUCUUCUGCUGCUACCUCUUCAGGUUGAAACAGCAAGGGACGAGGGAGCAGUUCAGCUACAACGAGGUGGUUCUUAAAGGGGCAGGCAAGAAGCUGAGCCUUCUAGGACAAACGUGUGCAGUAUGUUUGGAAGAGUUUCGGACCAGAGAUGAGCUAGCCGUGUGUCCGUGUUCGCACGCAUUUCACAAGAAGUGCCUGCUGAAGUGGCUGGAGAUCCGUAGCGUGUGCCCCAUGUGUAAUAAACCCAUCCUCAGGCUCCAUCCAGACCCCACACAGGGAACUGAGGGGCCCCAGGACCCAGAGGAGGUGUGAAGGACCCACAGGGGCCACCAUGACCGCCAUACGCACCUGUACACAUUUACACAGAAUUGAUGGUCAUUUUAUGGGCAUCAGAGUCGAUUGUAUUCUUAAAGUGGCUUCCAUGGUGUUAAGUCUUUGACUGAGCAUUAAUCAUUAUGGCUGGGGUUUGGUAUACUGUAUAUGGAUGUUGAUUACACCCCGUCCAUGCCUUUCAGAUCUUCAAGAAAGUAAACUAUGACCGAGGGGGCAGGGCGCAAGAGAGUGUUUCAGGAUCGGGCCCUACUAGUUUAGCAAUGGAACCUAAAAACAACAUGAUAACUCUAACCUUGAGGGAUGUGGUGUUUGGAAUUUGGCCAUACUAGCAUGCCAAUGGGGCUUCCUGCAAGAAAUGAAGGAUAGUGUAGGGGGUCAGGUGCAGCAGGUCAGUUUGGGAUUGGGCCCUCCUAGCUUAGCAGUGGAGCUUCAUAAAGCUGCCGUCUAGCCUCCCCCUUUAGAUCAGGGAGAAUAAUAAGAGUAAAGGCCAUACGGACACUCCUGACCCGAAUAUUCAUUUUGCAGGUCAGCAGCGUACUAAUAGUAUCUCCAGUGAGAAUAAGAGGAAAGUGACAUAGGAACAGGAGCCACUUUAGAAUACCGAGUUCUCCCCCAGUCAUUGGACGAUGCCUGGUACAACACUGCCAGAAACAGCCAAUCACAAACGACACAUCAGGCAUUCGGAGAAGGUCAUUAGUCGAGUAUCAGGAUUGAUGUAAAUGGAUACCUCUUAUACCUCAGGGGUGUUACAAUACAAGCCAGCACAAACAUGCCAUUCAAUACCAUGUGCCACACACAGAACAUGUCCAAUACUGCCAACUCCAACCUAGGUAACACGAUACUGAGGUCGUCGAAACAUUGGACACGUUCCAGGCCGACUACAUUGCAGUCGCGCUGCACACAGCAACAAAUGGUUCUGCGCCACGUCAUCGACUGAGCAAAUGCGGUUAGCUGACAUGUUAAACACUUAUCCAGGCGUGGAGAUCCGGCAAGAGACUGCAAUGUAGUCGGUCUGGAACGCAGCCAAUGGCUGGAAUCACAAAACCAGUCCAAUACCAACAUCACAGCAGCUCUCUGAUGUACAGAACUAUAUAUCCAAGAGUGUCAGAAAUGGCACCCUAUUCCUUACACAGUGCACUUACCUUUGACCAGAACCCUAUGCAGGCCCUGGUCAAAAGUAGUGUCCUAUAUAGGGAAUAGGGUGCCAUUUCUGACACAAACCAGGUCCAUAACCUCGAAGACUGAUAGACAGCUAGUCUUGCCUGUAUGUAUGUAUGUAUGUAUGUACGUAAUGUUGUGACCCCACCAUCUUGUAAUUUUGUACCGUUUGUUGCUUUUAAAUAAAAUAUGUAUCAUCUC